GAGAUGCCGGGGGGCGCCGAUUGGCCCUUGAGAAGAGCGCAUCACUGGCCGCUCCCACCGACUCUUUAGGCAGACUGCAGCCGCGGGGGCCACACUUGGAGCUGACCUCCGCACUCGCUCGCCUCUUCCUUUCCUCAGCGCUUCAGCGGCUUCGGGUGCCGCCGCCUGGGGCUGUGCAGUAAGGCCAGCAGGCAUGGCCGAGCAGCUUCGGGGCUGGAGCUUUUCCUUUGCCGGAUGCGGCUUCAUGGGCUUUUACUACCUCGGGGUGACCCGGUGUCUGAACGAGCACGCCCCCCAACUGGUACACAACGCCCCCAAAAUGCUGGGCGCCUCGGCCGGGGCUCUGCACUGCGCCACCGUCCUGUGCGGGCUCACACUGGACCAUCGGCUUCAAAUUCUCAUGGAUCUCUGCAGAAGUGCUAGAAAGCGCAACCUCGGCGUGCUACAUCCUUCCUUUCAUAUGAGUCAACACCUCCGGGAUGGUCUAAACAAGCACCUCCCCGAUAAUGCUCACCAGCUGGUCUCUGGCAAGAUGGUUGUCUCCCUCACCAGAGUGUCUGAUGGGAAGAAUGUGUUGGUAUCAGACUUUGAUUCCAAGGAAGAAGUCAUAGAUGCCUUAGUUUGUUCCUGUUUCAUUCCAUUCUACUGUGGCUUAAUUCCUCCAUCCUUCAGAGGUGUGCGGUACAUAGACGGAGGAGCGAGCAGCAACUCGCCUCUCAUCGACGCCGGCACCACCAUCACUGUGUCUCCUUUCUACGGGGAGUACGACAUCUGCCCCAAAGUCAUAUCCACCAACUUCUUCUACGUGGCGGUCACCGACUUCAGCUUCCGGUUCUGCUCAGCCAAUGUUUACCUCGUGACCCGAGCACUUUUCCCACCGGAGCCAAAGGUACUUGGAGAGAUCUGUCUUCGGGGAUAUUUGGAUGCAUUUAGAUUCUUGGAAGAAAAGGGCAUCUGUAACCCAUCGCCUGCUUGUCUGAAUGGGCCUUCAGAAGAGAGCGAACCAGAGAUCACUUCAUCCUGCGGUGAAAAUGAGAGUCCCCCCACAACUCUCAGGAGGCAGAGGAAUCAUGAGAUGACAGCAGAGGGCACCGAGUUUCUGGACCAUCUGCGACUCAGCAUAAUUCCAUGGGAUGAGGACAUCUUGGAAAUCCUCUCACCUGCUUUUUAUUUAGCUCUACAAAAGUCAAUAAAAGAAAAGGGCGGAUACUUGGCCAAGAUACUCAACAGUUUACCUGUUCGGAUAAUGUCCUACAUGAUGCUUCCAUGUACACUGCCUGUGGAAUCGGUGUUUUUUGUUGUGCAAAGGUCUGGCAUUCUAUGCACUGAACCACCUAUGAAACACCAGAGAGACUUGACCUGGACACAUUACUGACCACCAGACUCUGGAUGAGGUGCCCGGAUGCCACUGGGUGACAUGGAGGAUGUUUUCCUCACAAGCCUUGAGUCUUUAGGAUGACACGUCCAGCUGACAUGACACAGAACCAAUCUUGACAUGCCAAUAAGCGCAGAGUUUUGUAGUUCAGCUCAACGGAUGCUAAUCUCUAGAUUAGAGGGUGCACCCCACCUUCUGCUCUGAUCCUGAUCCUCAGAUAUGCUAGUCUUUAAGGUGAAGAAGUCCUGGGUGUGUUUGUGUCUUUUUUUCCCCUUUCAGGCUAGUGAGAUGGUUUCCAGACAUGCCCAAAGACCUGGAAUGGCUGCAAUGGAUGGCCUGUAAAAUGUGCUCUCAGGCUACCGAGGGUCUCUUUUCACCUUCCAAGUAAGUAAAUGCUGUCUUUGCAGACAGGUGGAUCAUUUCUCUUGCCAGUCAACAUUUAGUUAUUGGAUGCUCAAUGUAUAUGGGAUAAUAUAGCAGGCACAUGGAAUUUAGAGAUCAUCUAGCCCAAGCAUUCCCAACCCUGGGUCUCUUAUUUCAAUAUCAUCGAUUCCUUUGUAAUCCUUUGUAUUUUGUUGUGUGCAUUUAUGAUUCUGAGACGGGGUCCAUAGGCUUCAGCAGACUGCAGAAGGGGUUUAUGACACCAAAAAAAGUGAAGAGUCUCUGAUUUAGCCUAAGCCUUUCAUUUGGCAGGAGAGGAAAUGAGGCCUACAGAGAUGAAAUGAUCCUUUUCAAGGCUACUCAAAUAAUAAGUUGUAGAGUCUAGAGAGGAACCUAAGCUGCUAGAAUUCCAAUUCAGUCCUCUUUCUACUAUAUUUCUGCCAUAUAAGCCAUUGUAUCCGUGAUAAGCCUUCCUGUUAAAAUCUUAAGAAUGCAGAGAGUUGUCUUUACCUUGCAGGAACCAAAGGCCAUGUUUGGGAAGAAGCAAUCGGCUCGUCUCUCCUGAAGCAGUUCUAGAGGAGCCUGGCCAGCGCACAAAAACUCUCAGUCCUUUUACUUAUCUUAAAGUCUGGCUCUGCCAUAAGCCUUUAUAUUCAGA